AUGGCGGCCCUCUGCGAGGCCGCGCCGCAGUACAGCGCCGCUCAGCUCCUCGCCGUCCGCGCGGCGGGGGAGCUCGGGGGCGGCGUGCCCGCGGAGCUGGCCCACCUGCAGGUCGCUCUGGUGAUCGCUCCCGUCGCCGCUCCUCGCCCGCAGCGCGGUGCCGCGAAGCAGAAGCCGGAGGCGAGGAGGCCCGCGGGGCGCGCCCCUGCGGACGUGGCCUGGCGGGAGCCGCCGGCGGCGGAGCGGCCCGACGGGAAACCCCUCGCGGACGAGGACUGGCGGCAGCCGCCCGCCGGGCAGCCCGCCGAAGAGCGGCCAGGCUCGGUGGCGGGGCCCCAGCAGUGGCCUGGGGCCGCCUGGGCCGAAGAGCCCGAACGCGGGCUGCAGCCGCCGGCUCCACAGCCCUAUCAGGCCACUGGGCCCGGGCCCCCGCCCCUGGAGCCCGCAGACUCCUGCGGCGAGGACUGGGAGCUCCCCGACCACUGGCGCCCGCCCCCGGCCGACACUGCCGGCUGGCGCCCGCAGCUGCCGCCGCGCCAGGCGCUGGAGGCCGCCGCGGCCCGCGAGGCGCCGGGCCUCGGACCGCGGCCGGCCGCAGAGGCGUGGGCGGCGCCUGCUCUGCAGCACCUGCCGCAGCGCCCCUGCGCGGCGUGGGAGGCGGCCGCCGACGAAGUGGCCCCCGCGGCCGCCGCCACUGCGCCAACCGCGGCGCCCGCCGCCACGCCAGAGGCGGAACGCCUCGUCACAGGGUCUGCCGACUGGCCGGCGGGGGGGGCCGCCGCAGCGCCGGACGCGCGGCCAGAGGCGGGCGCGCUGCCAGGGCGGUGGCGGCGCAUGCGGCAAGCAGAGCCGCCAGCGCAGCCAGCGGAGCUCCUGGCGGAGUCGGCGCGGGAGGAGGUAGCGCCGGAUGCGCGGGCGCUUGCAGAGUCGGCGGGGGCCGAUGACCACCCGACAGGUGCCGACGGCCAGGCUUGGCGCAAGCUGCCCGCGCACGACGACGAGAGCGACGACGAUUGGACCGCUGCUGUGCAAGGUGCGUCGCGCUGGGAGGCCGGGUGGGCAGGUGGCGAUACCGCGCCGUCCCGCCCCGUGGUGCCCGCUGCCCCCGUGGACCCCUGUAGCGUCGACGAGGUGUUGGCGGACAUACAGAACACCUACAGUUUUGACCUCGUUGAGGCCGACAGGGCGACCGAGGCCGAGCUUGUCGAGGCCGACAGGCUCGAGAGGCUAGAAGUCGAGAGGGCGGCCGAGAGGGCCGAGGCCGAGAGGGCUGAGGCUGAGAGGGCCGAGGCCGCGAGGGCUGAGGCCGCGAGGGCGGCGGAGGCCGAGAGGGAGGCCGCGAGGGCGGCGGAGGCCGAGAGGGAGGCCGCGAGGCUGGCGGCCGCGGAGGCCGAGAGGGCGGCGGCGGCCGCUGCCGCGGAGCUCCUCGAGGAGGAGUCGGGGGCUGCAGCGGCGAAGAGGAAGAAGACGAGAGGCAAGAAGAAGAAAGGCAAGGGCCAGGAGCCCGGCGAGGACGACGAGCCAGAGGCCGUGGUCAAGGCAGGGGUGGUGUUCAGGACCUCCCUGUCCAACCACGCCCAGAGGACCGCCUUCUCGGCGAUGCAGGACUCCGACUCGGAGGGGCGCGAGGCCGAGCCGCCCGCGCGGCCGCAGGCCCCCGCGCUGCCCCGGGAGCGGGAGCCGCGCCCUCCGCCGCCGCCGGUCGCCGUGGCGAAGGCGCCGCCCAAGGCGGUGGCCGCCAAACCGCCUCCGCCCGCGGUGACCGCCAAGCCGCCUCCGCCCGCGGUGACCGCCAAGCCGCCUCCGCCCGCGGUGGCCACCAAGCCGCCUCCGCCCGCGGUGGCCACCAAGCCGCCUCCGCCAGCGGUGGCCGCCAAGCCGCCUCCGCCAGCGGUGGCCGCCAAGCCGCCUCCGCCAGCGGUGACUGCCAAGCCGCCUCCGCCAGCGGUGGCAGAGGCGCGGCCGGCAGCCCCGCCCGUGCCGGAGGUGGCGCCGCCCGCGGCGGAGCCGCUGCCGAAGGCGAGGGAGGCGAAGCCCAAGCAGGCAGCCGUGAAGGCAAAGCGCCUGGCCGCGCCGGCGGCGCAGGCGCAGGUGCCCCCGUCAGUGUGGGCGGCGCGGCCUCCGUCGGAACCAGAGGUGUGGGUGCAGCCGCCGCCGCAGCCGACGGCGCCCGCGGGGUGGGCGCAGCCGCCGGCGUCCGUGGUGCCGCAGCGGCAGGCACCUGGGCCACCGCCGCCGCCGCCGCCCGCCGUCGGUGCCGCGGGUCCACCGCCCAGCGCGGCAGCGCAGGCGCCGAAGGGCGCGGCGGCGCCCAAGCCAGGGGCCAAGGCCAAAGCCCCGGCCAAGGCGCCGGCGGUCAAGGCCAUGAACCCAUUGCCGCAGGCAGGCCGCUCGUCCAAGGACGCGACGGCGACGGUGAUGCUGAACGGGGGUCUGCCCGCCGCUUAUUCCAGCGCCAACGCGGCCAGCAGCGCCAAGUGGGCCGAGCGGCCGGUUGAGAAGAUCACGCCCCAGCGCUACGAGGAGGAGGAGGAUCCGGACAUGGCGCGCUACUUGUGGAAGAACCGCCAGCCGGCGAGCGCCGCCACGCUCGCAUCUGGCCGCGCGGUGCCCGCCGCGGCGCGCCAGGCCACCGCCGCGAGAGCGCCCGCAGCGGGGCCCGCGCUGCCGCCGCCGUCGAGGCAACGACAGCAGGCGCUGCUCAACAAAGUGAUGGAGAUGGGGUUCGACGAACCUACCGCCAAAAGGGCACUGAACUCCACCGGCUGGGCCGGUGUGGAGAACGCCCUUGGGAUCCCUGCGAGGCUCGCCUACGGCGAGAACCCCGGCAACGGCAGGCCUGGUGGCAUGCUGGUCUUCGACGUGGAGCUAUUUGACAUCCUGCGUGGCCCCCAGCCGCCUGCGGUGCCCGUCGACGUCGCCGGGCCGCCCGUGGACGCCGAGAGGACCGCCUCGGGCCUCGCGUGGAAGGUCCUGAAGGCUCCCUCUCCUGGCUUCGAGUCCAGGCGGCCCAGCGUCAACAGCCGCGUCACGCUGGACUACGCAGGCUGGAAGCCUGACGGCGAGCUGAUCAUAUCCACCGCGGUCACCGGUCAGCCAGCGACUUUCACUGUCAAGGGUAUCAGUUGGGUGUUCUGCCUCGAUUGGCCUUUGCAGGUGCUCCGGAAGGGCCUCCUGGUCGACGCCGAGAGCGCGCAGCUCCGCGCCUCGGCCGCGUCGCACGCCGUGCUCCCUGUGACGCCAGCGCGGUGCCGCUCAGGCGCGGUGGUCCUGCCGCCCGUGCUUGCUCCGACGGUCGGCGCGGACGUAGCUGCCAUCGAGGUGUCCCUCAAACGGCCGCACGCCAUCGUCGAGGAGACGGAGGCCGACGCGCGCGCCCUGGAGCACAUGGCCGCGUCUGGCACCCUGUCUUCGGGCUCGCGGGCAAGGGGCAAGGACAACAAAAAGGUCGACGCCGCCGAGCGCCGCGAGCUGGAGGCCCCGCUCGCAGCCGCCCGCGCCGCGGCGGUGGAGCUGAUGGUGGCGGCUGGCACGGCCGGCACCGGCGACGCCGUCGCGGUGGGGGCCCAGGCCGUCGGCGAGCGGGACGGCGGCGAGCCAUGGCACCAGGUGGAGGGCGGGGCCAUGCCGGCGCCCCCCUCCUGA